AUGAUGCAUAAUAAGAUUAACCUGAUGAUAUUGAAUUUAAGACUACAAAAUAAUUCUAUGAUACUAUUAAAGAUGAUCUAAUUCUUUAAUUAAAAGGAUUAUUUGGAACACAGCAAGGUAUAGAAAGAGAAAUAUGAAUAAGAAUUAAAUAACAAAGUGAAUCUAUAGUUAUAUAUAAAUCAUUUUGAGAUGGGAAAUUUAAUUGCAAUAAAAUUAUAGAAUUAUAUGCUAUAUUGUUUAAUUCUCUCUGAAUAAUUUUUUAUCACUAAAACAAUCAAUGAAAAAUCAAUAGAAAUAGUACUCUUACGAAUAUUACAAGACUUAACUGACAAUAUAAAAUUGUUCUUAAGUGAUUCUAUUUAAAAGUAAAAUUAAUAUUAAGGAGAGGUAAAUCCAUUUAGUGCAUAAAUGUUAUUAACAAAUGAGUAUGAUUUUGCUAAAGAACAAAAUUAAGAAGUAAAAUUAUAUGAUUGUAAAUUGCAUUUAUCAUCAGAUUUAAAAGACUUUGAAAUUAUCAAUUCCAAGACAUUAUAACAUAAACUAACUUCAAUUAGAUCGAUUGAGUUUGAUGAAAAAAACUAUAAAAGCGCUUGUAAUCAUUUCUAUCAAAAACUAUUAUUUUUAAUUUUCAGCCCUUAUAAUGAUGGAAUAUAUAUAAAUCACUGA